UCCGCUCAGCUCUGGGGAUGGAGUCACAGGCAGUUUGCACUCUGCAAACUCCAGCAUCUCCCUCAAAAGUUUCAUAGCUGGCAGACCAUGGAGCUCCUUGUAAAUGUAAAAAAAUGGAUAGAAGAAAACAAAACUGCCUUUUUGCCACCUGUGUGCAAUAAGCUCAUGCAUCGGCAUCAGCUGAACGUGAUGUUUGUUGGAGGGCCAAAUGAAAGGAAGGAUUAUCAUAUUGAAGAAGGAGAAGAGCUUUUUUACCAGGUUAAAGGAGAUAUGUGUUUGAAGAUAAUUGAAAAUGGGAAACCAAAAGACGUUGUCAUCCGAGAAGGGGAGAUGUUCCUUCUACCUGCUAGGAUACCUCAUUCUCCUCAGAGAUACUCCAACACUGUGGGUCUUGUGGUUGAGAGGGAAAGAUUGAAGACAGAAAUCGAUGGACUUAGGUACUAUGUUGGAGAAUCAACUAAUGUCCUCUUUGAAAAAUGGUUUCACUGUGAAGAUCUUGGCACUCAACUGAUACCAAUAAUUCAAGAGUUUUUUAAUUCAAGACAAUAUCAAACUGGAAAACCCAAUCCAGAGGAACUCCUGAAAGAAACACCUUUCCCACUGAAUCCCACUUCUGUUAUGGAGCCAUUUUCCUUACAAGGCUGGUUAAAUGAUCACCGUGGGGAAAUAAAACAGAAGAAAUCCUUGAACAUGUUUGGAGAUAACUUUGAAACAGAGGUUACAGCUUAUGGGCCAGGAACGACUGAGAAAAGCAAAAAGAAUUCAGAUAUCUGGAUAUGGCAGCUGGAAGGCACAUCAACUGUUACCAUGGAUGGCAAAACCCUGACUUUAUCUGCUGGUGACAGUCUGCUUGUCCGUACCCAGUCUAUGUACUGCUGGAAGAGAACAGAAGAAUGUAUUGCUCUCAGCCUUGCCCAGGAUCCAAAACGAAAGCAGCCUUAUCCCUAGUGCCUAUGCCAGCUGACUUUGAUGAAAACAAUAGUUUUUACCUUCUUGUCUUAAUGAUCCUAUAGUCCAAAUGCCUGGAAAUUUGAAUAGUAUAACACAAAGAUUUCAAUUAAUUAAACCAAGUGCUGUGCUCUGUUAAAAUAUUUUUCCCAAGUAGUUCAAGUUUAAGCAAAAUCUGCAAUCAGUAGUUUCUUUUUAAAUACACAGAACUAUAGCUCUUACCUGACAGUAAAUAAAACCAGAUGCUAGUAGUAGCAUUACUUAUGUGAUAAUAUAUAUGAUACUAUCUACAGUAAGUUAAAGGCUUUUCAAAUUAAAGUCUCUGCCAACAGAUGUAAAAAAGGAGACAGGACAGAUACUGUUAUUCCUACUUAGGUAGCAGUAUUAAUUUCUUUGUCUCAUUUUUGUCAUUUGUAAUAAAUUUGGUAUAAUGUUAGUUACCCAGCCCACAGCAAAGGAGCUUUAAUUGGCAGCAGUUCACAGGUCCAAGAUCUUUGGCUAAAAGGCUCCUGUAAUUUACUAUCAGUUUUUCAAAUCUGGCAAUACAGUAUCAAUCACACUUAUCAUCAAGAUGCCACACAUCCCACUCUGGAUGCUCUCCAUGCACUACACUAUCAAGAACAUAGCAGUGCAACUAACACAGGAGCACCCAGGUCAUGGGUGUUCCUCUGCAGCAGAAACCUCAAGUCAGUGUAGCUUAAGCAGUGUGUUGGGAGACAAGCAAGCAGAAAAAAAAUGUUAUAAUUGGUUUCUACUAAGUGCUGAUUGUUUUUUUAGAAGCAGAAAGUGUCAAAAUACCUUUUACUGCUUUUAUUCCAGGAAAUCUCCAGAAGGGACAAUUAUUUUUGUUUGGUUGGGUUUUUUUAUUGUCCUUGACAUUAUUAAUAUCAGAAAACUGGUUGCUUAAAUGGCUGCAUUUAUUAUCAAUUACAUGCUUGGGAAAGCAAAAACUUAUAAUUACAAAAAAAAAAAAAAAGAAAUGGUAAGUUCAAAAAAUAUUGUUAAUACAUCUAUCAUCUACAAAGCUCAUUAAACUGAGAUGUCAUGUGUUUUA